AUGGAACACCACAUCAACGGCGAGGCCACGCCGGACACACGUCGAAGGCCAAAUGCACAGGCUCCAAAGAAUCAUGGUGACCCUCUAGUCUUGCCGCCGGGCAUCAGUUCACAGACCUUCAAGGUGUUCAUUGUGAGGGUCAUCAAUAUUGUCGGCGAAUCCAACGUGGACGUGAUCAAGGACGCCCAACAACUCGGCAAGGACAGCUAUCUCGACCCGAGCAAGGUGCACGACAUGUUCUAUAUCUCCGACGAGGACUACUUUGUCAGCUCGGCGGUUGUGGCGCCGCGAAACGUCCAGGACGUCCAGGCCAUCAUACGGCUUUCCAACGAGUUGGUCGUCCCCUUGUGGCCCUUCUCGGUGGGAAGGAAUGUUGGCUAUGGUGGUGCCGCGCCUCGAGUGCCUGGCAGCGUCGGGCUGGACAUGGGCAAGAACAUGAACCAAGUUCUCGAGGUCGAUGUGGACGGUGCCUACGCUCUAGUCGAGCCGGGCGUCACCUUCUCCGACUUGCACGACUAUUUGGUCCAGAACAAUCUCCGAGACAAACUCUGGAUCGACGUGCCUGACCUCGGAGGGGGAUCAGUUCUAGGGAACACAAUUGAAAGGGGCGUUGGAUAUACGCCCUACGGUGAUCACUGGAUGAUGCAUUGUGGUCUUGAAGUCGUCCUCCCGGAUGGCAGUCUGCUUCGUACCGGCAUGGGCGCUCUACCCAAUCCUGAAGCGGACUCUAGCCUACCAGCUGACCAACAGCCGGCUAACAAGUGCUGGCAGCAUUUCAACUAUGGGUUUGGCCCGUACAAUGACGGCAUCUUUACGCAGUCGUCGCUGGGGAUCGUGGUUAAGAUGGGCAUCUGGUUGAUGCCCAACCCGGGUGGGUAUCAAUCGUACCUGAUCACCAUCCCACGCGAUGAGGACCUCCAUCAAGCGGUCGAAAUCAUUCGACCACUCCGGACGGCCAUGGUGUUGCAAAAUGUGCCUACUAUUCGCCAUCUCCUUCUUGACGCGGCCGUGCUGGGAGAUCGAAAAGCGUACAGCAAUUCCGACAAGCCACUGACCGAUACCGAAAUGGACGUCAUCGCGAAGAAGCUCAACCUAGGCCGAUGGAACUUCUACGGCGCUCUGUACGGACCGCCUCCGAUCCGGGAUGCGCUGUGGCAGGUGGUCAAGGCCUCGUUUUCCGCCAUUCCAGGAGCCAAAUUCUACUUCCCCGAAGAGAUUCCGGAAAACAAGGUGCUGCAGAUCCGGCACGACACAAUGCAGGGCAUCCCGAGCAUGGACGAGCUCAAGUGGGUGGACUGGCUGCCGAACGGGGCACACCUGUUUUUCAGCCCGAUCGCCAAAGUCACCGGGGACGACGCCAUGGCGCAGUACAAGGUCAGCCGUCAGCGAUGCGAGGAGUUUGGGUUUGACUUCAUUGGCGACUUUGUGGUGGGGAUGCGUGAGAUCCAUCAUAUCGUCUGCAUUGUCUUCGACCGCAAGGACCCCAAGCAGCGCCGCAAUGCCCACCAACUAAUCCGCACCCUCAUCGACGACGCUGCGAAGCAUGGUUGGGGUGAGUACCGCACACAUCUGGCGCUGAUGGACCAGAUCGCCGGCACGUACAACUUCAACAACAACGCACAGAUGAAGUUGAAUGAAACGAUCAAGAACGCCCUGGACCCCAAGGGCAUCUUGGCUCCGGGUAAGAAUGGCAUAUGGCCCAAGUCCUACGAUGGCCAGGCUUGGAAAGUGCCUCUGUAG